AUGCGUGAGGUCGAGGAGUAUCUGUCUACUAAAGGAUUCGUCCAUCGUGACAUUGCGGCUAGAAAUAUACUCGUUAGUGGAAAGAACUCUUGCAAAAUCGGUGACUUUGGACUUUGCCGGAAUUUGUAUUCGGACAGUUCACUUUAUAGAAGCAAGGCAUGUCACGGAGGACGUUUACCGUUAAAGUGGAUGUCACCGGAGGCCAUACGACAUUAUGAGUUCUCAACGCAGAGUGAUGUGUAA